AUGGCCGAUCCCCCAAGGAAACCACCGAGGCCCAAUUCUCCGGAAAAGGUAAUCACAAAGAAAGCUCCGGCUCCUCUUCCUGUGAGGCGGACUCAACUAGGAAAUGUUAUCAUAGACCCAAACAGAUGGUAUGGCCCUCCAGAGUCCGAGAUCUUGGAGCCUGCUGGAACAAUUACCCCUCCACUACUUGACCCUGAUAGGCCCGAUCGACCUCUAGUGUCUAGUCCACGCCCUCCGGGACAGAGCUCUCGGCCUCGUGAGCACCCGGGGUUUUCUCUUACUGCUCUAGAUCCGGACGUGAGCGAGAGACAGACUGAUCUAGCUCCGAACGCGAGCGAGGGACGGACUGAUCUAGAUACGAACGUGAGCGAGGGACGGAGCAACUCUACAAGCUCUAUUUCUCCAAUAUUUCCUCUGAGGCCCAAUCCUCUGGGGCCAUCUCCUCUGGGAGAUGCUAGCACACAUACGGGACAAAGCGCUGUGAGCGGCACAACACUAGCAGGAUCCUCACAAAGCCCUAGAAACGGCGGCACUCUAGCCUCAAACAUUGGGAGCGGGACCUCAACGCCCGGGCCGAGCUUUCACAGUUCCCAAACAGCUCGACAGAGCUCUACAAGUGGUAACCCACUGACUCAACCGAAUGUAUCGAAUGCAUCAAAUAUACACCGAACUAGGUCGCAACUAGUCCGACAUUAUAUAUCCCUGGGCAGGCCAAUUCCGCAGGAGGUGUUGGAUAUGCCUGAGACAGAACCACGCGUACGACGUAGGGACUGGCUUCCCAGGAAGUUUAAGGACUUCAAAAAGUGGUGCAGGAGGAUUGCUCGAAGGGAUUGA